AGAUGAGCACGUGCCCCCUGGCGUGUCCUUGUGGUCCGAGCUGCUGUUUUUGUGGGGGAGGAGGGGCGUACCCCUUGACCCUGGACCCUCUCUGACCUCUGACCAGCUCCCGCCACUGCCUGAUGGGAUGACGUCAGAUCUCUGGUCGUCUCGUCUGCAAGCAGUCUGGGAGAAAGAGCGCCGCGGGAGAUGUGAGGAUAGGCGAGAAGCUGUCGUUGCGAGGCAGGGAGGAGAGGGGAGGCCGGUGGAUUGUGGACGAGAUGAGUCUGAGUCGAGUCAGCGAGGCAGAGCAACUGAGGCAUCGCCGGGACACAGUUCGAUUGACACACCGUUAGGACAUAGCACAAGUGACACGUCGUUGUUAGGACACAGUACAAUUGACAAAACACUGACAGGACACAGUACAACUGACACAACGCUGACAGGACACAGCACAACUGACACAUUGUUAGGAGGACACAGUACAAAAGACACAUCGUUACAAGGACACAGUAUAACUGACACAUCGUCCUCGUCAUUGUUAGGACACGGUACAACUGACAAAACACUGACACGACACAGUACAACUGACACGUCACUGACAGGACACACUACAACUGACACGUCGCAGGGACACAAUGAGGCCGUGUCCUCGUUCUCGGUGUUGAAGAGCCCUGUGUUGAGAACACUGAACGUGGUGUACCGUCGCCUGUUCUGGCAUAUCGUUCUCCUUCUGUUGGUCAAACACGUGGCCACGGCACUGGCCAGACCUGUCCUGAUGACGUGGCUGCUCCGGACGCAGGAGCCAGUCUGGAAACCCGAGGAGGAGGAGAAGGGGGCGGCUGCCGGCGGCCUCUCCCUGUCUCUGCUUCUUUGCUGUCUCAUUCUGGCGCUGCUUUUUGUCUCGUGCUUUGCGCAGGAGCGGCUUCACUUCACAGGGAGAACCAGCGCGCUGACGGUCAAAGCCGGUUUGGGAGGACUCGUGUUCGAGAAAGUUCUCCGUCUCUCUCCGUCGGUGAGGAGACGUUAUACAGCUGCUCAGCUGACCGCCAUUCUCACAGAGGACCUACCUCUCCUGUCCGAGACCUACUCCUGGCUCCUGUGUAGUCUGAACAGCUUCUUCCUGAUGUUGAGGAACUUUGCCCUCCUCUACUACUUCACCGGCCCGUCCGCUGUCUUGGUCACGUGCCUCAUAUCGUGUGUGGUUGCUCUGGCGUAUUUUGCCAACGGUCACCUUGAGGGGAUGUAUUAUCAACGCUCGCGAGCGAGGGACGAUAAGAUGGCCAUUGUCACGGAACUUCUGAGAGGCAUCAAAGUGCUGAAACUGCACGCGCUGGAGAAGAUCUAUGGCUCUAAAGUCGAGACAGCUGUGGAGAAAGAGAUGGUUCUCUUGAGGAAAAUCUUCUGUUUCAAAACGAUCUUCUCCUUGAUGCCAACCGUUGUGCCGAUGUUUAUGACUGGUCUGGUCUUUCUUCUACUCCUGUUGUCCAACGAGAUUCUGAAGGCUGACCUGCUGUUCUCAAUAGUGAUCCUCGUCAGAGACAUGGGCUGUAUGAUGGAAGAGAUUCCGGACAUAGCCGCCAGCUUCGCCGUGUUCAAAGAUUCCUUGUCCAGGAUAGAGCAGUUGCUGUUGUCUCCUGACGCCGAGAGGUUGGGGUCUUCUUGUCCGUGUGACUCGCCGCCGUGUGGCUGUACGGAUUUUAACCAAGGGAAACCGAGUUCGGAUCUUGAUGUUUCCCCGAAGAACGUUGCUGGCCGCCGAGCUUGUCUGUUGGGGGAGACGACGUGGUGUCGUGACGUAAGGGGCCGGAGGGGCAUAAGUGACGUGGCGGACGGUUUUGACGUGACACAGAACUACUUUGUUCCGGCCGGGACUGAGCAGACGACGAGGUCAGAGACAGAAAGUAUGCCUGAUGGACGGAGCCCAAGUAUAGUGCUGGAAAAUGCCAGUUUUUCUUGGGAGGCUGAAAACACGACAGGAUUUGAACUGAGAGAUGUGAGUCUAAGGGUAGCACGCGGCGAGUUGGUCGGUGUAGUAGGCAGAGUCGGCAGCGGGAAAACCGCAUUUCUGUCUGCUCUCCUCGGGGAGAUGGAGCAUCUGGGAGGUUCAGCGAAGGUCAACGGAACAACGGCCUACGUCUCACAGGAGGCUUGGUUAGUCAACGACACGCUCAGAAACAACGUGCUGUUUGGCCGAGAGUUUGACGAAGGGUUGUACCGCACAGUUCUUCGCGUUUGCCAGCUGGGGGCAGAUUUAGAAACAUUCCCGGGCGAGGAUUUGGUGGUGCUGGGGGAGAGAGGCGUCACUCUGAGCGGGGGGCAGAAGCAGAGGGUGAGUCUAGCCAGGGCGGCUUACAGCGGGGCUGACCUCUACCUCCUGGAUGACCCCCUCAGCGCCCUUGACCCUCUCGUCGGGGACCAGGUGUUCCGGAAUUUGAUCGGAGAAGGCGGCUUUUUGGCGGGAAAGACUCGAGUGAUGGUCACUCACGGCUUGCAGUGGUUGUCCCGGGUGGGUGCUGUAUACCUGGUGGAGAACAAGGGUCGGGGGGUCGCGUGUGUGAGGAGGGUGAGGCGGGGGGAGGCACGUGACCUGGAUCAGAAGGUCAAAGGUCACGGGGUGCUUGGCGAGGAGUGUAGUGGUCAAGGUCAGAUCGGUACCGCCGGAGGUCAUGUAGAAGAUAGAGAGAAAAAGUGGGAUGAACAAGAAAGAAAGAAAGGGUGUGGUGCACAAGAAAGAGAGAACGAGAGGUGGGGUGCAGGAGAUAGUGAGAAAGAGUAUGAUGAACAAGAUAGAGAGAUGACAGAGUGGGAUGGCCAAGAUAGAAAGAAAGAGUGGAGUGCAGGAGAACUAAAGGAAGAGUAUGAUGAACAAGAUAGAGAGAAAGAGUGGCAUGCAGGAGAUAGUGAGAAAGAGUAUGAUGAUCGAGGUAGAGAGAUAGAGUUGGGUGAAGUAGCUCUAGAGAAAGAUGAUCCUACUACCAAAAAGUCAUCGUCUGCCACAAGCCAAAACGAGAUUGACCCACCACCCUCCGGGUAUAAUGACCCUGAAGAAGAAGACGACGACGACCUCACUUCUGUGACCUCUGACCCGGCGGCCGGUCAUGCGACGAGCAGAAGCCUUCUGGUCUACCUCCGCGUGUGUGGCUUGUGGUGCGCCUGUGGUUUGUUCGUUCUCCGGCUGAUCCCGCCCACUCUCGUCUCCCUCUCCAACCUGGUCUUUUCUCUCUGGUCACAAGCUGUCCAGUUUCAGCUGCCCCAGACGCCAGAGGCUUUUAAGAGCUGUGCCGCUAACUCAGAUUAUGAACGUGUUAUUUUCGGUCCGCCCAUGCAGUCGAAUUCGACGUCCGACCAAACUUGCUGGCUGGAAGUUAAUGCUACGAGAGCAGAGGUUGAUCAUCUGAAAGUGAAAGACGUCAGUUUUUAUUACCUACAGCUCUUCCUGGGGAUGUCUGUUCUGGCAACAGUCGCCCAGGUGAUAUUUGACUUCUGCUUCGCCCUGUGGAAUGCGCGGUCAACACAAGGCCUGGCGAGUGCCCUGUUGUGGUCAGUCCUACGAUCCCCCCUCAAGUUUUUCAACGACACAUCCGUUGGCAAGCUGGCCGUGCGCUUCGGCUUUGACAUCCACGAGAUCGGUCACCCUCUGCCCUUGUCACUGAACGUGGUGGUGUCCGGGUUUUACUUCACGGCUUUGAGCAUUUUCCUCGUCUGCUGGGCGUGUCCUGUAGUCUUGUUGUCACUUCCGCUUGUGCUGUUGCCCAUGGUGAUGAACCACAGAGUCAACUCGAGGUUCUCAUCAGCUGUCAGCAAACUGGCGGCCGCUCAGAGAGACGUCCAGUCUAGUCUGGCCCACGAGGCGGUGGACGGGGCUCACGUGAUCAGGGCGUUCGGCCAAUCGGAGCGCUUCUUGCAAGCCUACAACGAGGCGCAGGACGAGACCAACAGGGUGUUUUACAGGGAUUUCGGGCAGAAUACGGCCGCUAACUUGGUCAUGUGGCAGAUGAGCAACGUGUUUGUGGCCCUCAGCGCUAUGUUGGCGGCGAUCACAGACAGCGAGACGGCCGGGGGAGCGAGCAGGAUGGGGCUGGCCGUCACGUGCUCUCUGGAGCUGGGAAAUGGAAUCGCCUGGCUGUGCAACAACCUAACAGACGUGUCCCGGAACCUGGUCUGUGUCCGACACAUCUCUGACGUCACCCGCACCGAGGACGAGGCUGCUUGGGACAGCAGCGAUGACGUGUUACCCCGCCUGACCCCCACCUGGCCCAGUCACGGACAUGUCCAGUUCGAGAACCUUACCGUCUGCUACAGCCCUGCCUACAGACCUGUCCUGAAAAACGUGACGUUCUCCGUGUCUCCAGGGGAGAGAAUCGGCAUCGUAGGCCGGACAGGGGCGGGGAAAACCACCCUAGUUCACUCCCUCUUCCGUCUGCUGGAGGCGACUGAGGGCUCUGUGAGGAUUGACGGGGUGGAUAUCAGCACGGUAGGUCUACACGAUCUCCGGUCCAGGCUCGCCAUCAUCCCCCAAGACCCUGUUCUGUUUUCCGGUAGCUUGCGCUCCAACCUCGACCCUCAUCACCGCGUGGCGAAAGACGCGGACAUCUGGGCCGCCCUACGCCACGCCCACAUGGAGGAAACGGUCCAAUCGCUGCCCGGGAAGCUGGAGUGGGCGUGUCAGGAAGGCGGGGUUUACUUCAGCGUGGGUCAGCGCCAGCUCUUGUGUCUGGCGCGCGCCAUGUUGUCUCGCUGUCGCGUGGUGGUUUUGGACGAGGCCACGGCGGCUAUUGACUUCGACACCGACCGGAAGGUCCAGGAGCUGAUGCGGUCACAGCUGUCCGGCUGCACUGUCCUCACCGUGGCGCACCGGCUGACCACUGUCCGAGACUCCGACCGGAUCCUGGUCCUGGACAAGGGGAGGGUGGUCGGGCUGGACACGCCGGCCAGGCUCUGGCGGGAACUCGCGGGGAGUGACCUUGAUCUCAAAUCGUCCAUGUCGUCGUCGUCGCUUCUGUCCACAGCUGCUGGGGGCUGGUAGGUUCUGUCACUGUCACCACUGUAGACAUCU